AUGAAGGCCGCCUUUCUCCUCAUCUUUGCGGCUCUCGGCCUGACCGUAUUCAUCGCGAAAUGUGAUAUCUUCGAUUCGCCCGAGUUUCAGGAGCAGUUCUACUAUCCUGUCUUAAACGGCAACGAUACCCAUGACAACAUAAAGCAGCACAUUAGAAAACUGAGUUGCAUCCAGGAGAUUUCCGAGAGGGGAAAGUUCGAGCAGGAGAGAUUCGAGGCCACGGUGAAAUUCUGCUCGAGUGACUACAGCAUAAGACUGGACUUCCAGUACAUAUUGGAUGCCCUGGAGGGACAUGAUAUAUCCAAGCUCUGUAGUCCCGAAAUCAGUGACAAGGUGCAAGAAAGCUGUCAAGGACCCCAUGAAAAGCGCCUGCUGAACCACCUGCUCUCCACAUACAACACACUGGAACGACCCGUGGCCAAUGAAUCGGAGCCCCUGGAGGUCAAAUUCGGACUGACACUGCAGCAGAUCAUCGACGUGGAUGAAAAGAAUCAGAUUCUGACCACAAAUGCGUGGUUAAAUUUGGAGUGGAACGACUACAAUCUGCGCUGGAAUGAGACGGAAUAUGGCGGCGUCAAGGACCUGCGAAUCACACCCAAUAAGCUGUGGAAGCCCGACGUUCUCAUGUACAACAGCGCGGAUGAGGGAUUCGAUGGCACGUAUCACACCAACAUUGUGGUCAAACAUAACGGCAGUUGUCUGUACGUGCCCCCUGGUAUCUUCAAGAGCACAUGCAAGAUAGACAUCACGUGGUUCCCAUUUGAUGACCAACAUUGCGAAAUGAAAUUCGGUAGUUGGACUUACGAUGGAAAUCAGUUGGAUUUGGUUUUGAAUUCCGAAGAUGGAGGGGAUCUUUCCGAUUUCAUAACAAAUGGCGAGUGGUACUUGAUUGCCAUGCCGGGAAAGAAGAAUACGAUAGUCUACGCCUGCUGCCCAGAACCAUAUGUCGAUAUCACCUUUACUAUACAAAUUCGCCGCCGUACAUUAUAUUAUUUUUUCAAUUUAAUCGUGCCAUGUGUGCUAAUCUCAUCGAUGGCCCUCUUGGGCUUCACAUUGCCGCCGGAUUCGGGCGAAAAGCUGACGCUGGGCGUAACUAUACUACUAUCAUUAACAGUAUUUCUAAACCUUGUCGCCGAGUCCAUGCCGACAACGUCGGACGCUGUUCCUCUUAUAGGCACCUACUUCAACUGCAUAAUGUUCAUGGUCGCAUCGUCGGUGGUGCUGACAGUAGUGGUGCUCAACUACCACCAUCGCACAGCGGACAUCCACGAGAUGCCACCGUGGAUCAAAUCCGUUUUCCUACAAUGGCUGCCCUGGAUCUUGCGAAUGGGUCGACCCGGCCGCAAGAUCACACGCAAAACAAUACUAUUAAGCAAUCGCAUGAAGGAGCUGGAGCUGAAGGAGCGCUCCUCCAAGUCCCUGCUGGCCAAUGUCCUCGACAUCGACGACGACUUCCGGCACACAAUAUCGGGCUCCCAAACCGCCAUCGGUUCAUCAGCUAGCUUUGGCCGGCCCACAACGGUGGAGGAGCACCACACGGCCAUCGGCUGCAAUCACAAAGAUCUUCACCUGAUUCUCAAAGAAUUGCAAUUUAUUACGGCGCGCAUGCGCAAAGCUGACGACGAAGCGGAAUUGAUUGGCGAUUGGAAGUUCGCGGCAAUGGUUGUGGAUAGAUUUUGUUUAAUUGUUUUCACGCUCUUCACGAUUAUCGCAACGGUUACCGUGCUGCUCUCGGCUCCUCACAUAAUCGUGCAAUAAGGACGCUCGACCUAGACAAUUAAGCUACGGAUAUGGAAACGCCCGCUGGGGAAGAUGCCUAGUUAAGUUCUUUUUUCAAAAACCCAAAACUAGCGAAGCUGCUUCGAAACAAAGCGAAACAAAAAAACUACAAAAAAAUAAUACAAAUAAAAAAUUGUUAAUUACAUUUUUAAGUA